AUGACCUCCGUGAUCAAGAUGCGCAUGGCUGAGCGCGCCGCCCAGCUCUCCCGCCAGCUCAACUACCCCAAAGGUCUCCUCCACAACCAAGUCGCCAUCAUCACCGGUUCAGGGCAGGGUAUCGGGGCCGAGUGUGCACGUCUCUUCGCCAACGAGGGCGCCAAAGUCGUCGUCUCUGACAUUGACGGCGCCAAAGCCGAAGAGGUAGCCUCCAAGAUCCGGUCCGGUGGCGGCCAGGCCAUCGCUGUGGCAGGAGACCUGCUCAAGGACGAGUACAUCAAACAAUUGGUGGCUAAAGCAGCCGAGUUUGGAGGUGGAAAGAUCCACAUCAUUGUGAAUAAUGCUGGUUUUACCUGGGAUGCGGUUCUUCACAAGAUGACCGACAAACAAUGGGACACCAUCGUAGCCCUACACGGUACCGUCCCCUUCAAAAUCAUCCGCGAGGCAGCCCCUUACUUCCGUGUGAAGGACGGCGAGCCAAGAAACAUCAUCAACAUCAGUUCCACCUCUGGUGUCCACGGGAACGCCGGUCAGAUCAACUAUGCGCUCGCCAAGGCAGGUGUCAUCGGCAUGACCAAGACCAUCGCAAAGGAAUGGGGCCCUGCGUUCGGCGUGAGGGCGAACACGAUUGCCUUUGGGCAUAUCGAGACGAGACUGACGGCCAAUAAGGAGGCCGGUGCGUUUGUUGAGGUUGAUGGGCAGAAGGUUGCCUUGGGUAUCCCGGAGAAGCAGAAGCAAGCUCCUCCAGGCAUCGUUCCAUACCAGGACAUCCCACUCAGGAGACCCGGCACUGCGACCGAGGCUGCGAGUGCUGUGUUGGCCAUCGCUUCCCCCCUGAGCUCGUAUAUUUCCGGACAAACAAUCAGCGUAACGGGUGGUAGGAACAUGUAG